AUGAGCGACGUGGUCGCGGAAGGUGCAGAUGACGAGCUGGGUGGUGAUAAGGCCGAAUACCCCACCAGCCCUACCGACGUCAAAAUACUUAGCGAUAUCAGCAAGCGCGUCCAAGUGAAGGAGGAUGCCAUUCACUUCGCACUCGAUAUACUCAAGCGUCAGAGACUCAUGCUCGGGAAACUUGCCCCUACUGACAUCAGCGACAUAGCCGACUGGCCCGGGAGAUCAGGCCUCACCGGCGACACAGGGGCUGGCAAGAGCACAGCCACCAACGCGAUGCUCGGAUACGACAUCUCCCCCACCAACAGUUCCGACGCUUGCACCGCUGCCCCUUGCAUCUACGCUUACAACCAUUCUGAUGACCCCGAGAAGGUCUUUCGCGCCAUCAUCACUUUCAAGAGCACAGAAUCAAUAGCGCAUGACCUUGAGCUGUUACAGGAGGAGCUGUCUGACAUCGCACACAGCACCCGUGAGCAGGGUGGGCUGGUUCAGGCAGAGACGGUCAGUCGACUAAACCAGGCCCAGAAACAAGUCAAGAGCGUGCAAAACUGGUCGGGUUUGACCGAGAAUGAAAUCAAGUGCGACGCGCCGAGCAAAAUCAUACUCGAAGCAAAAAAGAAGACGGUGCCUUUCCUGGACACCAAGAACAGCACGAAAAAUCAUACGUUGCAAAUCAACGAUUCGAAUCUUAAACGGUUCCGCAAGACUCUCAAGCCAUACAUUGACAGCUCCGGUCGCAGCCGUGGCAUCCUACAACACUGGCCCUUGGUGCAACAGGUGGAGAUACAACUCAAAUCUGAUAUCCUACGGCACGGGAUCAAGCUCGUUGACCUCCCAGGAGUUGCUGACUCUCUCGAGUCGCGCGCAGCCGUGGCCAAAGACUUUUUUGAGCGACUCGACAAGCUGAUCGUUGUUGUGCACGCCGUUCGAGCUGCUGACAAUAAAGCCGGCUCCGACGCUAUGCUUAUGCCCGCCACGUUAUCCAUGGAUAUGGGGCUAGAUGGGAGGUUCGAACCAGACUCUCUUGCUGUUAUCGUCACCAAGGUUGAUGACAUCAACCCGAAGAACGCCGAAAAUGACUUUCCUGAUGACGAAACCAUCAUGACGGCAGUCAGCACCUUGGAGGCCGAAAAUGAAGAGCUUGCCAACCUCGAGGAACUCAUCUCUAGGCAACGCGAAAAAAUUGAUGACCAUGACGAGGAAGAGAGCGAAACAGAAGUCAGGAGCCCGCUGAAGAAACGGCCCCAUCCCAGGACAACCACCCAGGCAGCGGAGGAAUCACGCCUAGCAGGGAUGAGAAACGAAAGAGAUGUCAGAAAGAGAGGCGUAGAAAGGCUUACGUCGCAGCUCAAGCGCUUGUGCAUACAAGCUCGCAACCUCAAAGUCAAGCAGGCCGUGGGUCAGAACUUGGGCGACAUAAAAGCUCAGGUCAAUCCUACAGCAAUACCAGUGGUUGGCGAGUUCGAAUCUAGCGUGCUGCCUAUUAGCGCUUCCGCCUUUCUUGACAUGAAUGCUGGCGACUCUGUUAUCGGCUUCGCUGAUGCCAACGACACAGGCAUCCCUGCACUCAGAGACUGGUUGACGCCGUGUGCCGCACGCUCUGAGAAGGGCGAUGAAGUUCCCACGCAGCGUGCUUGCGAGAGCGCGCUGCACGCCCAAGAACAGUGGGAAAACAAAAGGCCUUCAGUUCACGUUUCUCACCCAGAGAGAAACGAAAAGGUUUCGUAUAUGACUUACAAGGCAUGCGUCAGGAGGGGCGGCCGCGAAUGGACAACUUCCACGAAGCCUCGAAUGACAUAUAACUGGAUGUCGUCCGUAUUCUGGCAAGAAGCUUUCUUCCAGAGGCUACCAAAGAUAACCAACGAUGCCGAGAGUCGCAACACGAGGAUUUUCAAUCAGUUCAUCACUGACCUCGUCACCGACGACGAAAUUCCAGCCGUGUUUCGCGACCUCCUCCGGCGUCGUGUCCCCUCGCUGCAUACCCAGAGAGACGUCUUUCUCCAAGAAGUCCGAAGCACUGGCAAUGACUUUCGUAACGAUGCCCUGCGUCUUAAGCCACGCGUCUCUGACAUUUUCACCAAGCACAUGGCUCCAGUCUUUGCGAAGGCUUUCUCAAUCACAGGCGUGGGGGCUUUCGUUGAGCAAAGAAGGGUCGUGAAAAAACAAUUCGAGAGCAAACUACCUGCAAUGCUCCAGGAGGCUCGGAACUUUAUCGAGGAAGAGCUCGUGUCAAGCAAGACGGAGCGUGUGAACAAGCUACGAGGGUUCAUUCAUACGCCCAACAGCAAGCCCGGCACUCGUCUCGUUAAACUGGACGAGAUCUUCAAGAACCUGCUGCGGGAUGCGCGCGCCCCCGCGAGCAAGAUCGCCGGUAGAUCUCAAGGCACGCAAUUGGAGGAUGUCACGGCGGCCAAGGAAACGACACGCGCCGUACUCGGCGAAUGGCAUGAAUACUGGCAGCCCAUCGAACGAGCGCUGCCAAAGCGGCCGACAACUAUGACUUCUGACGACAGCGAGAACGAGGAGGAGGAGGAGGAGCUCAAAGCUCCGGAGAAGAAGAAGACCGCAGGCGGCAAAGAGAAACCAAAGGCAGGGCCAAAGGCUGAUAAAGCGCCACCGAAGCCCAAGGCCGCGCCGAAACCCAGAGGUUCUUCCAAGACCAACGUCAAGGCUCUGGCGCCGCCGAAAAAAGUCAAGGCAACGGCUCAGCCUCGCACCAUGCCAGUGGUCAAGACGGAAGAAGAUGACGAGAUGCAUACUGGUGGAACCAUGGCUGACGAAGCGCCACCCGCUGGAGGCUCACCCGCAAGCAGGCAACAGAUAGGGGCCAUGAUGGCGGCUGUCACAGCGGCGACUGAGUCAUUGCCUGGGGAUAUGCAGGACAAUGCCGCCAAGUAG